CAGUCUGACUCACUUUCAGCAGGAAUGCUUUUAGGAGCAUAACCAUUUGGCAGAAAGUCCUCAUCGCCACGUACCUUAUGCUCAGGAGGUUGAGCAGCUCCAGUAUAGUGCAAAAGCAGUAGUGACCCCAUCCUUCAUGUCCCUGUCCCCUUCUGUCUGCCCACUCCUACCCACUUAUAGGCUUUGUUGGCUGGGCAGAGACAAAGAAGCAGCCAAUUUAAUGGCAUGGGUGGCAUUCAGGAUAUCAUGUGUGAAUCCUGUUUUGCUUUAAUCUUUUCCAUCCUGCAUUUUUUUAAUUGUACCAGUUGGAGGCACCUUUUUCCAUGCAAGAUGUAUGCAGAAGAGUCCUCCUUUGCCUGUCUGAAUGGAGGGAUCAGUGCAGUGCAAGCAGUGAAAAUGCAGCUAGGUAGAUGCACAAAAUGGUCACGCCAAAGUGUUUUUCACAAAUCCUGUGUUUUCAGUUUCCUGGAGAGAUGGUGGAAGGUGACUGCAGACAUAUUUUUCUUUUGUCUGUGUUAAAGGACUAGGGGCCUAUUACAAGAUUAGGCUUGCUCUGUUCUUGGUGUACUACCUGGAGCUAGUUAAAGGCUGAACAGGUUUAAGGUUUUUAUUUUCGCUUUUUCUCUUCUGUUCUGUGAUGAUCCCUAACAAAAAUAAUUUUAUCUCCUUUUUACAUGUGGCUAACAGAAUUCUGAGCGUACAUACGUUUUUGUUCAAGAUAGCCCUCUCUAAAGUCUGCAUCAUGUGUAGUGUAUUUUGUUUUCUUCUUCAAUAUGCAAGAGUGACAACAUCUUAGGAACAAGAAAGAAGUAUAUACUCAAAAAGGAAUAAACCAUGAGCUGUUGUAAGGCAUAUGCAGGAUCAUUGCUACUUGUUAGCAUGUUUUGAGAAGGGCAGAAGCAGAGGCCUAAUGAGGUAUUAAUUUGAGUUACAUUUGUGACAGUAUCUCACAGCUGAUGAUCUUGAGGCUGUUGAUGGAGUUUUACUGGAAGUCACUCUCUUGGUCAAACAGCAAAACUUCCCUAAGUCAGAAUAGCAGCAGUUUCAAGCUGACAUUGUAGUAAUGUUUCCUUCAUCUGCCGUGCACAGUGGAAAAAGCAGUGAAUUUCACAAAAUAGACCAAAAAUCUGUUUUGAAAUGGAAAUAGGAGGCCUGAAAGAUCUACAGUGUGGUUCUUUGAUUUCCAGUGAAGGUUUUCUUGAAGGAAUGCUAAAUCUCCAUUUUCUGUCUUCUGCAUAAGCACAGUAGUAAAAAUUUGGAGCAAGGAGUGGAAAGAAUGAAAGGCUGCUAGCAAGAGAUGAGUAAGAAGGAAUAAGGGUCACUGGAAAGCUAUAUAAAGAUGGGAAAAAUGAUCCUAGUGCUUGGAAGACGAACCAGGCAGCUACAAGUGAUGUCAGGCAUGCUUGGAUGUGUUGAAAUGUGAAGCAGGCAUUUGAAGAUAAUGCUUUUUGAGAAGGAGGAGUGAUUUCCAGAGUGGUUUGUGAAGGCUGAGUUUGGACACACAGGCACACAAAAAGACAAAAUCAACUCAGAAGAGCAUGUGGAGCGCAACUUACCUGCUCCUUCCUGACUGUCAGCAAAUGUCAGCAUGACUAGGAUCUGAGGAGGCAUCUCCGUAUUCCUGCCAGAAGUUUGUGGCUGCAGAGGAGGGGUGCAAGGACAACAGGAACACUUUGAGCUAAAAUGGAUAUCCCCACUGACUUGGUGCCAUCCUCCAUGAUGUCACAGCCUGAAGUGAUUGAGUCCACAGCCAUGGGUGAACCACAGUGCUACUACAAUGAAACCAUUGCCUUCUUUUAUAACCGGAGUGGAAAAUAUCUAGCCACUGAAUGGAAUACUGUCAGCAAGCUCGUAAUGGGCUUGGGGAUUACCGUCUGCAUCUUCAUCAUGCUGGCCAACCUCUUGGUUAUGGUGGCUAUUUAUGUCAACCGCCGAUUCCACUUUCCUAUUUAUUACUUAAUGGCCAACUUAGCUGCUGCAGACUUUUUUGCAGGGCUGGCCUACUUUUACUUAAUGUUUAACACAGGACCUAAUACUAGAAGACUGACUGUAAGCACCUGGCUUCUCCGUCAGGGUCUCAUUGACACUAGCCUGACAGCCUCUGUGGCCAAUCUGUUGGCCAUUGCUAUUGAGCGGCACAUUACAGUCUUUCGCAUGCAGCUACAUACUCGGAUGAGCAACCGGCGAGUGGUGGUGGUAAUUGUUGUUAUCUGGACUAUGGCCAUCGUAAUGGGCGCCAUACCAAGUGUCGGAUGGAACUGUAUUUGUGAUAUCACUCACUGCUCCAACAUGGCACCACUCUAUAGUGACUCCUACCUGGUCUUCUGGGCUAUUUUCAACCUGGUCACUUUUGUGGUCAUGGUGGUCCUAUAUGCUCAUAUCUUUGGGUAUGUCCGCCAAAGGACUAUGAGAAUGUCCAGACACAGUUCUGGACCUCGCAGGAAUCGGGACACCAUGAUGAGCCUCCUGAAGACUGUGGUCAUUGUGCUUGGUGCUUUCAUAAUCUGCUGGACCCCAGGACUAGUCUUGCUGCUCCUUGACGUGUGCUGCCCACAGUGCAAUGUCUUGGCCUACGAGAAGUUCUUUCUGCUCCUGGCAGAGUUCAACUCCGCCAUGAACCCCAUCAUCUACUCCUACCGGGACAAGGAGAUGAGCGCGACCUUCAAGCAGAUCCUCUGCUGCCAGCGCAGCGAGAGCGCCAACGGCCCCACCGAAGGCUCCGACCGCUCGGCCUCCUCGCUCAACCACACCAUCCUGGCCGGCGUCCACAGCAACGACCACUCGGUGGUGUAAAGGCCCCGCCGGCUGCCCCACCAACGGAGCUGCCCCGGGGAGGUAACCCACUCGCAAGAUUUUCUCAAACACUAAUGGACCACAAGCGCUUCUUUUCCAGGGAGCCCGGUGCAGCGCUGUGCCGGCAUCACCGUGCUGCAAGGCCUUUGCCUUCUGCUUGCAGAAGGUGGAAAGCAGAGACCUUGCAGCAGAGCUGGCCCCUGGGGAGCCUCACUGAGACUUCGUCGGCCCUUGCAGCGUCUUGGUGCCAGUCUGAAUAAACUGAUUAAUUAAGCUUAUACCUGCUUCACUGCAUUUACAUGUAGCCACUUAGUCUUUUUAAAAAGGGAGUAAAGGGGAUAAAAGUAUGCCUUUCAUUUAAUUGACAUGUAAUAUUUAUCACCAUCAGCAUGCUUUUGAUGAACAUUGUCUGUGCAGGGAGUAAAACUGAGCUCUAGUUGUCGUAUCCUUAGACACACUGCCAUAACUACAGUAAAAGCAAAAGUAUUUUUUCUAAUACAGGCAACAGGAAGAUGAUGAGAACUGACUCUCCUUACCUUCGUUACUGGUGUUAGAAAGCAUGCAUGUUCUGUGUGUAUGCGCAUUGUUCUAAUUAUGGGGGGAAAAAAGCUCGUUGUAAAGUCUGCAGGAAAGUAGAAAGGCGUAGACUGUAUUCCAGUGUUUGUUUAGAUUAUGAAAUAAACAAUACUCUAGUCACAAGGUAUUUCAUGUUCUUCUUUGAAGUGUGGUAUGAAAUGUGUAACGUAUGAGGGGUCCCAAGUUUUUCAGGGUCAAGUUCUUAAAGCAGGACACAUCUCUAGGGCUAAAGUCAUGUUGGUAAGCGUGAAAUAAAUAUUUUUUUGCCGUUGGAAUGCUUUUCUAGCUCGUGAUGGAAAGGAGCAAGAUUUUUAAUGUGAAAAAAACAUACUGUUUAAGAAGAUGCUUGUAAUUAGAAACAAAAUAACUUCUGUGUCUUGCACUGAGAAAUGUUUGUGGGGUAUCUUUUAGUUUAUUUACCCUGCAUUUUAAAAGCAGUGGGCUACUAGGAACCAAGGUACAAUUAUAUUUUGUAAAGUCAAGGCCAAAUAUUUAGUAGUCUACUGCAAACGAACUUUUCUAUAUGUAAUAGCCACACUUGCACUUUGUUAUGAAAAGCUAAGGUAACACAUGGGUUUUUUUUCCUAUGUGGCUGUUUCAAAGAGAAAUGCCACUAACAUGAAUGUCACUUCCCAAAAAUCAAAGAUGUUAGUCAAAAUUCCUUGACAGGAAUAAACACAAGCAAAGAUGGGACUUUGCAGAUAAAGAACUUGGGACCUUUCCCUGAGAAAUUAUGUUCUUCUAACGAUGUAAAAUAAAUCAACGGUAAAUUUCUAGGACCGUUUUCCUUGUAGUAAUAUGUCUCUAUAGCAAAAAAAAAAAAAAAAGGAAAAAAAAAAAUCUGAGGUGUAUCAGUCAGUGUAAUGUACUGGAAUGUAAUAUAAGGCACAGUAUUCUCCCAUGUGGGCAGGGAAGAAAUGGAGAGGAGAUGGUCAGCCUAUCACAAAGGAGAGUUUUUAGCAUCUCUGUUUAAAAUCGUGGGAAAAAAAUAAUUGCUUAGAAAAAGCAAGAGGGAGGAAAAAACAACAAGUGAGCAAAAUCUGACUCCACUGAAUAAAGUGAGAGUGUUGCCACUGCCUUCAGUAAAACUGAAAUUCACUUGUGCUGUUGAGCCAAAUUUUUAUGGACCGUGUUGAAGGAGAUGUGAGGAGAGGGGAUAGAAGAAGCACUGUCUGCCAGUUGACCGAGGUAGCACUUCUUUGGACAAAGCAGAAGUCUUUUUCUGACUGUAUGAGAGUAAGUGAAUCUGAAGGUUGAUUUGUGUUUUAUUCACAUGACUGUACUGAGAAAGAGGAGUACAGGCAGCAUGAUCUUAUUCAUUUAAAAGCAUCUGCUUGCUAAGCCACUCAUAAAUGUUUCAUGGUGCCUGCAUGAUGGUCAGGCAAGUGCAGGUAAGCAGAAGAAAGGAGAGGGUAAGAGUGUCUCCAAAGAGAGGGGGCAUCUGACAAACAGUUCUUUCUUCUUAUUUCAAGAAUGCUCCAAGUUGCUUUCUUCCCUGGAUUGAGGGAGAGCACUCUUUCAUGUCCCUUCCUUCCACACAAAAGAGGAGCAUCACGCACACUUUGUUUUGAGGGAGGUUUCUCAUUUCCCAGUGUCCUUUUAACUGCUGUUUGCAUGUUCUUUACAGAAUGAGUUGGGAGGGUGAAGUUGAGUAAUAGCAGUUUCAUUCACCCCAGUUUUCUGUGCUGAAAGUGUGCGGCAGUUUUGGAGAAGCAGCGUCUGAAUAAUGUAACCAGCAGCGUGAUUGUUCUUGACGUGCUGGUGGGUCCCAAGGGCCCACGUGAAGAUGGAUGCCCAAGGAGGCUUUUCUGUUCUCAUUACAAUUGCAGCAGGUGGCAGAUGCUGCCCAGGUACGUCGGUCAGACCUUCUCCAACGAGACAGUCAGCAAUUCAAGAAGCUGGACCUGACCUUCUGAACUCUUAGCAGCAGAUAAGUUUCACUUGUGGGGUAGAUUAAACUGGGAGCACUUCUGGCAGCACGUGGCUUUUCCUUGUAGAAGGUAAAGUGUGAUACUUUAGAUCAAAGGCAACAAGAUGCAAAAGUUUCUUCUAAGAUUCCACUACAGGAACUAACUGACCAUGUGGCUACUGUUUAAAGAUUUAAUUAGUGCUUUGUUUUAUUGACAUGAUCUCCCUAUAUCCUUGAGAACUCUGAUCUGUGGAUUGAGUGUUUCUUUGCAAGCUAAUGAAAUUAAAGCUGCUGUGAGCAAAGAAAAUAAAAUCAAGAGCUUGGAGUA